UAUCUACUAAACCAACACCCCCUUUUCUACCACUCACACCACCACCAUUUCUUGUUAAGAGUUAUCAUCUAUCAUUUCUGAACUCUGUAUGUAACUUUACUCAACAAAAAUAAUGAGUGGCAUAGCAUUAACACCUGCAGCAUUCAACCCCAUAAUCCCAUCAUCUUCAUCUUCUUCCUCAAAAUCUCAAAAACUCAUCAGAACCAAAACCAGAGUCACAUUCAACAACGCUAUUUCAAUCUCUUCAGACCCAUUCAUUCUCGACCUCGCUGAAACCUUAGAAGACUCCGUCCCUACACCACAACCUCUUCAGAAUCUUCGACAAGCUUCUUCACACUCUCUUCUCUCUUCUCCAUGGCCUUCUCGAAAACACGAACCUUUUCGCUUCAACGACUUCUCCUUCCUCCGUUCUUCCCAAAUCCUCCCCGCCCCAAUCCCAACCACCACCACCACUGCCACCGAUCAGUUCCCCUGCCAUAUCAGCAUCGUUGAUGGACACUUCAUACAAUCAACUUCGAAAAUCUCGGAGUUUUCAGAUGGGGUUUACGUUGGUAAUUUGUCAAAAUUGAAUGGUGUUGUUGCUAAGAGGGUUUUGGAAUUGGUUUCUGGAUUGGACGGUGGUGAUUUGUUUUGGUCGAUUAAUGGUAUGGGUGCACCGGAUUUGACGGUGGUUUAUGUACCGGAGGGUGUUCGUGUUGAAACCCCGGUACAUUUGGGUUAUGUAUCGUUGCAGGGUAGUAAGGAAGGUGGGAAUGAGUUGUAUUUAUCGAAUCCGAGGGUUUUGGUGGUGGUGGAGAAAGGUGGAGAGGUUGAUAUAGUUGAGGAGUUUGAAGGGAAUGAGAAUGAGUGUUAUUGGAGUAAUGCUGUUUUGGAGGUUGUGAUUGGGGAAGGUGGUAAGGUCAGGCAUUCUUAUGUUCAGACUCAGUCGAUGCUUGCUGCGCAUAUCAAAUGGACUUCCGUUCGUCAGGAAUCAUCUAGUACAUACGAGCUUACAGAGGUAAGCACAGGAGGCAAACUUGGAAGACACAAUCUUCAUAUCAAACAACUAGGUCCGGACACAGUGACAGAGCUAUCAACUUUGCACUUGUCUGUUGGUAAUCAAACACAGGAUCUUCACAGUAGUCUUGUAUUGGAUCAUCCAAGGGGUUAUUCCCGUCAGAUUCAUAAGUGCAUUGUGGCUCAUUCACAGGGACAAGCAGUUUUUGACGGAAACGUCAAGGUUAACAGGUAUGCUCAGCAGACAGAUGCUGGACAGUUAUCAAGAAGCCUUCUUCUUGAACCUCGUGCAACUGUAAAUGUUAAACCAAAUCUCCAAAUCAUCGCUGAUGACGUCAAGUGUUCCCAUGGAGCUGCAAUAAGUGACCUGGAACAAAGCCAACUUCUGUAUUUCCAAGCACGUGGCAUUGAUUCAGAAACAGCUAGAAGGGUUCUAAUUUUUGCCUUUGGAGGGGAAGUGAUAGAUAAGUUUCCUAAUUCUUCCAUUAGAGAUAGAGUACGAAGUCAGAUUAAAAGUUUAUUGGAUCCAUCUCCUAAAUGAUCACAAUUGUAGGUAUGUGCUACAUGUAAACAUGUUAUGUCAGCUUGAUAAAAGUAUAAAUUGGAAUAGAAAAAAAAUCUUGUUUCUUGUCAUGGUUUCUAACCAAUUUCUACAAAAUGAAGUGUCUACUCCGGCAAUUGUAACAAUUGAGGCUUUAUCCAUCACCGUGCACUUCUAGUUGUAUUUAUGUAUUUUUUGGAAAAUACAUUUUUCAGGUGAGUCCAAAAACAAUAAUAGGACUCACAGUUGUGUAUGUAGAAUAUAUACAUAUUUCUUAUAUAUUUCUGUUUCUCAUAACAUGAUUUUCUUACCAAGUAACAUGAGAUGUAGACCUUCUUCCAAA